AUGGAGGUAGAGACGGAGAUAGAAGCGCCCCCGCCAUAUGAAGAGGACGAGCUGGGCCUGCAGGGGCUGGUGCUGGCGAGCGACGCCAACCUCCGGAUGCUAUUCUGCUCCGGGGACGAGGCCGCGGCGCUGCUGCUGGCGGCGCACCGGCUUCGGCAGCUGUCUCCAGAGCUCGCCCUCGAGGGGUCGAUCGAGGGUGCUGUGGUGGGGUGCCUCAACUGGGAUGGCAGCGUGGCGCUGCGCAGUGUGGUGGCGGUGGAGCGACUGGACACUACGCGCGAUGGCGCAAUCGACAGAGACGCGACGCUGCUGCAGCUGCGGCCGAACGAGCCGUCGCCCGUGGCCCUCAGCCGGCUGCACAGCAAGAGCGGCCUCGCGGCGUCCGCACCCGGGGUGUGGAGCGCGGGGGUGAAGGCGUUCCAGGAGGCCGAGAGGGCGGCGGACGCGGUCAGAUGGGAGAGCAGCGGCAGCGGCGGCGUCAAUCGUGCUGGCGAUGACGAUGGCAGCGUCUGCUGCAGUGGCGCCUACCUUGGGGACCGCGCAUCUUGUGCGCUGGUGGCCUUCCGCCUGGCCAAGCUGGCGCUGCUGCAGCAGCCGCUGGCGGAGCUGUCGGCGCUGAUGCAGCAGGCGGGCGCAGGGCUGGAGGACGUCGUGCCGCUGCUGCGCCUAGCCAGUUGCAGCAGCGGGCCGCUGGGCGACAGCAACCCUCCUGGCGCUGGCUUCACGCUGCCGCAGCACGGGGAGGUGUUGCGGCUCGCGCACAAGGUCAGCGCGGCUCGCUGCCAGGCGCCCAUCCCCGAGGCGAUGAGAGCGCUGCUGCAGCAGAUGCAGGGGCCACAGCAGGCGCUGCGCAUCUGGCGGGAGCGGGAGCAGCGCCGGCGUCAGGAUGAGGAGCGGCAGCAGCGGGAAGAGGAGGAGGCCCUCCAGGAGCUGCGCAUGCUCGAGGCAGAGGCACUUGACGAAGGACAGGCGAGGCAGCCACGGGUUGGCCACGGACCCUCGUCACCCCGCCGCGAGCGCAAUCCUACACUAGACACGCCGCACCCGAAGGGGCCCGGCACGGCGAGGCCAGUCACUGCGGACGGCGGGGCCAAGGCUUCGCUGCAGCGGAGCCCUGCCGUCCCGCACACCCGUGACGGCCGCAGCAACAGCAGCAGGGGGGGCGAGGGCGAGCGCAGCGACAACCUUCAGCCCGAGGGCGGUACGAGGCCGGGCUCCAGCGCAGGCGGGGCCAACCCGAGGGAUGCCUUGGACGGCCGCCAGAGCCGCAGUCUGGGUGUCGAGCUGCGAAAAGCGGACGAUCACCAAGGUCGCGGCGAGCUUAAAGAACGACGGCGCAAGGCUGGGCCGCGGGCCGAGGAGGCGCCACACCCGGAGGAGCAGCAGCAGGAAAAGCGGCAAGAGAGGCCGCAGCAGCAGCCGCAGCAACAGCAGCAGCAGCAGCAGCAGCAGCAGGGACGCACAGAGCAACAAAGCCCUUCCCAAAAUCGGAACAAGCAAGACAAUCGCAAGAAGGGGUUGCAACCUCCAAUCAGCAGCCAGCAGCAAGAGGGACGCGAAGACAGCCGCCGGGACGAAGGCCCGCCGCCUUCCAGGAGCCACGCGGCGGCCCCCGUGGCCCCGCCGUUGCCCAGCGGCAGCCUGGGCGAGCGUCGGCGCCCCAGCCUGGGCGGCGGCGGGUUUCCCGCAGGCGCCGACGCCUCAGCGGACCGCAGCUGCCUUGCCGAGCUCAUGAUCGCGCUGGCGCUCGCAUCCAGCACCACCCCCGACGUUGAGCGGCUCGACGCGAGCGGCGCUGCGCACUGCGUGGGCGCAAGGGUGGCGCUUGCGGACCUGCGCCAGCAGCUGGACCCCAAAGUGCUGGCGUUUGCUGAGCGGGAGGGCGCAGGCGGUUCUGCAGGCGGUGGGGGCGGCAAAGUGUCUGCCCUUGCGGCGUUCAUCCGCAAGCGCUGCCCAGCUGUUCUGCUGGUUUGGCCGGAGUCGGGCGCGGGGGGAGCGCCUGCGGCAGUAGAGGGCGCGAAGGCUGCUGCUGGGGCAGGCGCGGGGACAUCAGAUGCAGCAGUGAAGGAGGCCGGGCCGUGGGCGGUGCUGUCGCGGCACUGGCUGUCGGACCUCCUGAAGCAGCGCCUGUUCAAGCGGUUGGUGCGCAACCUGCAGGGCGACGUGCUGGCUGAGGCGCUGCGCAGGGGCGUCGGGGUCAAUGCAGGGGAGGGCAUGCGGCGGCUGGCACCGGCCGCCCUCCUGCCGUACAUGCAGCUCUACCAAAACGAUGUCGAAUUCGCCAGAGCCAACUUUGACCCUGGCGCUGUCGUCGUCAUGGCGCGCCCUGACGUGAAGGCGGUGCUGCUUGCGCCGGCGGAGUGCGAGGACAAGUUUAGGGCAGGAGGGCUGCGCGUCCUGGCCACACGGCCGGACUUGCCCGGCCUCGUGAGCUUGGGCUACUGGCGCGAGCAAGGCGCGAUUGGCACGGAGGGCUGCGGGCACGGCGCCACGCGGGACGGCGAGCGCAUCGGCAGCGCCAGCGGUGGCGGUGGGAAGGUUGACGGGCACAGCCCGGUGCCUCGCAGCAAGCGCAGGCGCAGCCGAAGCCGCAGCCGCAGCCGGGAAGAGCCCGAACUUGGCCAAAAGCGCGGGCGCAGCCGCAGCCGCGGCCGCAGCCGAGGAGAGCAGGCUUCGGGCAGCAAGCGCGGGCGCAGCCUCAGCCGCGGCCGAGCCGAGCCUGCUCUUGGCAGCAAGCGUGGGCGCAGCCGCAGCCGCAGCCGGGGAGAGCCAGCUCUUGGCAGGAAGCGCGGACGCAGCCUCGUCAGGGACGAUGAUGACCCUGACGAUCGCGCCGGCAUCAGCAGACCCAAUCGCAACGCGCAGGCCGCGCCUGCAGCAGCAGCUGCAGGGGGCGACGGCCGCACUCAGGCCCGCGCUGGCCCGCCCACGGGCAGUGCCCCCUCAAUGCCAGACCCCGAUGCCGUCGUGCUCGCCAAUAUUGGGUGGCGUCGCUUCGGGCAGCCUGCAGCAUCUGUCUCAACGAUGCAAGCGGCGGCCCAGCCACCAGUGCGGCAGCCAAGCGGGCGCGAGCGCCUCUUCAGCCCGGCAGGCGCCCCGGCCGAGCCGUCUUCUCCUGCGCCGCCCUCACGCCAGGGCAGCGGCAACGUGUUUGGGCGGCUCAGGCCUCUGACCGGACCCCCAACCGAGGUCGGCGGCGCCGCCAGCUCCAGCGAGGGGCACCGGGCCGGGGCCGGGCCAACCCUGUUUGUGCCAGCUGCGCACCUGCAAGGCGUGCUGGAUGAGACGAUGGUGGCCAUGCGCGGCCAUAUGGAAGUGCAGCAGCGGCCGCGCAUUGAGCUGAGCGUUCUGCAGUGCCUUGUGCCGGCAGCGCUGCUGGCGGAGGCCAAGGCGCAGGGCCUGCCGCUGGUGGACUUCCUGGUGCGCCACCUGGGCGACCAGCUGUGCCUCACCCUCCACGGCAGAGACACGUGGGUGGAGCUGCUGCCAGGGGGCGCAGGCCCCAGCGGGUCGAGCGGCACCACCUAUGGGGCCAAGCAGUGCGACUUCUUCUGGCGUAACGGUUGGUGUCGCUAUGGCACCAACUGCAAGUAUGCUCAUGCGAGGUGA